CGAUUCUUUCUUUCUGUUUUUUUUUUUUUUAAUUUUUUUAAACUAUGUCGGCCAACGACGAGGAAAGCUCGCCCCUGACGCGAAGGCACGGCGGGCGCCACCAUCACAAACCUACCAAGCCAGCAACCAACACAACCCCUGCCACUGGUGCUGCGUCUGCGGCGGCGUCGAACGGCAAUGGCGAGAUGAGCAAUCACAGUGAUACUACCAGCGGUGGAUUCGCCACGACUCCUGCAACUGCGACGGUGACGACUGCCGCUGCUACGACCACGACUGCUGCCGCUGCUGCUGCUGCUACUGCUGGUGGUGGUGCUGCGACGAGUGGUAGCAGUACUUCAUUAACAAACACGGUGCUGACUGCGCCCAGUUCCGCCGAUUUGGCAGCAAUGUCGCCAGCCACGCGCCGAAGAAUGCUGAACAUCAACCCCAGCGGACGGCCGAGCGGCAAGCAGGCCAUUGUGCUGCUGCUCGACGACGCAGAGGAUGAGCACGACAACGACGACGACGACGACGAUGACAACGACGGCAGCUCGGGUGGCGAGCCAGUCGCAGCAGUACUAGCGACACCCACAGCCGCUCCUGCUCCUGCUCCUGCUCCUGCGCCUGCUCCUGCGCCUGCUCCGGUCGUCGUCGCGGCCAGCAACAGCUACCGAGACAGCUUUGAUGAAGACGAGAUGACCAACCGUCGUGCGUCUCAGCCAAGAACGGCUGCCGCUCAGCAGCAUCCACCGCCGCCGCCCGCUGGUACCGUGCCAUUCACCUUGACCCCGAAAGUGCAGACGCCGACAUUGAUUGUCGAGCUGGAGGCAUCUCCUGCACAGCGUCGCCGGGAUGCUCGCAAGCUGUCGGCGCCAAUCGAGGUCGCUCCAGAGGUUUUGACACCAGGCGACGCUUCCUCCUUGCGAUACUCGUAUUCCGCGUCGGCGUCGCCAGCACACUCACCAUUGGGCUCGUCAGAGCGCAUCCAGUCACAUAAUUCCGACACCAACAUCCCUGCACGGCAGCCGAUUCGGCGCUCGGCCUCGCAGGGCAUGGAGGAAGACAACCGCCACUCGACGCUUUUUGGGGUGGAGGCCAAAGCUUUGGGCCAUCAUCCGUCGUCAGUAUCUGCCACCGUCUCGCCACUGGGAUCCACCGAAUUGUUGGAAGGAAAGCCGCCAAAGACGACCGCAGCCGCAGCUUUUGCAGCUCGAUUUUCCGGCACUGCGAGCCCCGACUCUCCAAUCCGCCACAACGAGCUAUUGGCGCUAGCUGCAUCCAUGGGCUGCAACCCGCCGAAAUCACCAGCGCCUCUCUCGCCCGUCAACAUUCAAUUUGGCGACAAUCUUUUGGUGCCCGAGGUGCACACUCGCGUUCCCCGGGUCGAUGCCGCCCGCCGCAAACAGCUCGGUCGCUCCGUCAGCAACCCAGACGCCAUUGCAGAGGCCAUCGCGGCGAACGCCGCUCUCGCUGCCCAGCUCGCCGACAAUGGCAGGGCGGCUGGUGACGCCCCUCAAGCACAAGCGUCGUCGUCGUCGUCGUCGUCGUCGUCGGACGCUGCGCAACAACAUAAGAUUGUUCCUUCCAAGACCAAAAUGCAAGCCGUUGCGGCUCGCGCAAAAAUGCAAAGGCGGACCACCAACCGCUCGCUCACGAAUGACAAGCGUGGCGGCCUGAUGGCGCUUCUUCGCGAUGAAACAUCGCGUAAGCAAGGCGGGAUUAGCAGUAACGGGUUUCUGACCGUGCCCGGUGAGGACGGAAUCUCUCAAGCCUCGUCUGUUAGCAGCCUGUCGGACGAGGAAGAGGAAGAAGAAGAGUUUCAUCUCUCGUUCGGUGGCAUUCCCGAGGACAGCCAAACGUCCAAUUCGAGCAACGAUCUCGUCGGCGGCAAUGCCGGCGUUGAUGAUGACGACGAUGAUCUCAUUGCUCCUUCGCGCCUGGGCAAUCUGGGCCUGGGAGGAAUGGGCUUGGACUUUAGCUCGGGCAUGGAUUUCGCCGACGCCGUCCGCUCGAGCAUGGACUUUGACACGACGAUGGAGUUUACGUCCAGCGCAGGAGCGGACUUUGCUAGCACCUCAGUAGAAGACUUGUUGGCCACGAGCGAGGAAGUGGUCGAGAGCGAAGAUCUUUCUCCCCUCGAGGCCCGCGAGCGUCGCUUGGCACUUCUCGACAUCCCGCCAGCAUCGCGCACCCCCGAGCAAGUCACCGAGCUGUGCAGAUUACUGCAGGAUUUCCCAGCCUUUGCAGAGCUGAACGGCGACACGCCACGACGCGAACUCUGCGCGAUCGCAAAGUUUGUUCGCUUUGAAGAGAGCGAUUCAAUCGUGGAUGUGAUGGAUGAGCUGUGCGAAACUCAGUGGUACUUUGUGCAUCAAGGGGCUCUCGAUGUCAUUAUUGACGGCGAAAUCGUGGUUACGACACUGGAGGGCGAAGGGUUUGGCCAAAAGCCUCUUGUGGUCGACGGACGAGUCCGCCUGGACGCCAUCGUGCUCACCCGUGGCCCAGAUGUCGAGCUCUUGAACGUGCCAUUGCAGCACUACGAACGCAUCUCUCGUCUCGUGGAGAGCACCACGGAAAAGAUUGUCGACGACGCUGGCGAGGUUGUCAUGAUUCUCGACAAGCGUACGAGAACUGCGCCGUUGCAAUUUGGGUUGCCUUCACAGCGCAACGUCUCGGUGCUCGUGACGCAAGCCACCCUCGAAAAGCUGAUUGAGCGCCUGUAUCUUGCCGACCUGCAAGCCCUGGACGAGUUCUACCACCAAGACUUUUUGCUGUCCCAUCGCACAUUUACCUCUUCUGAAAACUUGCUUGGCGCCAUGAUUGACCGUUUGCGCCUGCCCGGCGCCGCGUUCGUUCCCAAGGCUCCCAAAGGCGCUGCAGCGCCCAUCACCUCGCCCGAGCAGCUUCGCUCCCCGGCUCACGUUAUUGGCGACAUUUUGCUGGAUUGGAUGGCCGAUUAUCCCAAAGACUUUUGUCGGCCGAGCAUGUGGGAUCUCCUGGCGCAGGCGCAAAAGCUGCUCACGGCCCUCGAGCCCAAACUCGCCGAGGUACGAGAGCUUGCGACUGCUGUGCUGGCGCUCCGUCCGGCAGAGUCCGGGGCGCCGCCGACCUCAGGAACGGCACCUUUGACACGAGAGCCCAGCCUGGGGCUUCAUGCCGUGCACGCCAAUCUCGCACCGCUUGGGUUUGCUCUUGGCCCCGAUCCGCGUCGGCGCGCCUCCAGCGCUGCCAGCUCCAUUAUCGUCCCCAAAUCAGCCAACGCACAGCCGCACACGCCUCCUUCCGGCCUCCAAAGUGCGCGCUUCAAACGAUUCUUUGGACGCGGCAACUCUAGCGAGGAACGUGCGGGCAGCGCUGCCGCGAGUCCGGCGGCGCCAUCGACGGCGACCGCCUCGCCCGCUGGUGCCGCGAAAGAGACUAACGGAGUGCCGGCUGCCAAGACUGUUCGCACCCAGCGCCAUCGUCUGCUCGACGAAGACAGUGAUUUUGAGGUUAUUCGUGUCUACCGUGGCGACCAAACCUUCCGCUACGUGGCCGUCUAUCCCCACACGACAGCCGCCGAGGUGGUGAGCGAACUGCUCGAGUCGUUCAGCAUCCAGCUCAAGAGCGCGUCCGACCGCACAGAGUACGUGCUUGUGAUGGCCGUGGCAGCGCUCGGGUCUGCGCCCGGUCGCGUCAGCAGGCUGAGUCCUGCUGCCGACCACUUGGCACAAACCCUCAGCAUUCACUCUCGCUACUAUCUGCGCAACAAUGCCAACUUGGCCGAGCGGCUGCUCCCGCCCGAGCCGAUUGCUGUUGAAGGCGAGAGCCUGAUAUUGGCCAUGGACCCGAUCGAGCUGGCUCGCCAAAUUACGCUGGAAGACUCCGAGCUGUUCCGGUCCAUUUCGCCCUCCGAGUAUGUCGACUAUCUCUUCAAGCUGGACAACAACAAGUGCGAGAAUCUCCACAAGUUCAUCGAGCGGUUUAAUCUGAUCAACUUCUGGGUGGUGACGCAGAUUGUGUCGACGCGCGAUCUCCGAAAGCGAGCCAUGGUGAUUCGCUUCCUCGUGCUGAUGGCCAAGUGCUUCAAGGAGUGGAACAACUUCAACUCGCUGUUUGCCCUUGUGUCUGGCUUUGCCAACUCCGCCGUGACCCGUCUGCACAACACACACAGCAAGCUGAGCAAGCGCACCGUUGCCGCCAUGCAAGGGUUUGAGGCACUGAUGAAUCCGACGCGCAACAUGGGGGCGUAUCGAAGCAUGCUGCUCCAGGUGCCGGAAGGCACGCCAUUGGUUCCCUUCUUCCCCUUGCUCAUGAAGGAUCUCGUCUUUAUUCACGAAGGCAAUCCAAGCAAGUUCAACGGCCUGAUCAACUUUGACAAGCGGCGGCUCAUUGGCCGCACUCUGCGCAACGUCAAGCGCAUGGCCGAGGUCGGGUAUCUCGAUGCCAACUUUAAGUUUGAGCUCGACGAGGCCAAAGAGCUGGAUGCCUUUGGCUCUGAGCAGGACGACGCCAAGAUCCUGCGUGACACGGUCAAGCGGUCGCUCGUUGCCAGCAAGACGGCCAACGUCAACACCCUUUCCAUCGGUUCUGCGGGCGCCGCCAUGCGCCAGCUGUUUGAAAAGACGCGCACCAAGUUCUUUGUUCAAGAGUAUCUCGGCGAGCUAGUCAAGCACGUCGAUCUUGAUCAAAACCGGCUGAGUGUGCGUUCUGCCGAGCUCGAGCAUCGGCCGUAAUAAUUAUUUGGUUUCAAUUCUCGUUGGGGGGAGGGGAGUUUUCUUCUUCUUCUUCUUUGUGAUUGUUGUUGUUGCUGUUUCUAUUGCUGUUGCUGUUGUUGUUGUUGUUGUUGAGGCAUGGUUGUACAAUUCUUGAAUUUCCUCUUCUUUUUUUUUUUUUCCAUUACAUUGCAAAAACACUGAAA